CCAGCACUCUCUCCUGCCUCUCAGCUCUUCUUCCUCCCCUCUCUUCUCUCCUCACCAUUUUUGUUCAUUUUAAUAUCAAAAAUGGUGAAGUUCUCUAAAGAGCUGGAAGCUCAGCUCAUCCCCGAAUGGAAGGACGCGUUUGUCAACUACUGGCAGCUGAAGAAACACGUCAAGAAGAUCAAGCUCUCCAGAAAGCCUAAGCAAAUCUCAGAGGCCAACCGCGAUUUUGGGCUCUCCAUUUUCGAUCCCAUUCGGCUCCUCGCCGGUAAAAUCUCCGGCCGCUUUCAGAAUAAUGCCGGAGAUAAAGAAGCAGAGAUCAUUCAGGUAAGGAGCAAAAUCGGAGGUGGAGAUGACGACCACAACGACAACGUUGAAGAAGAAGAGGAAGAAUUAUAUGAAACUGAGCACGUUCAGCUCUUCUCCGAAGAAGAUGAGGUUAAGGCAUUCUUUGAGAAAUUGGAUGAGGAGCUUAAUAAGGUGAACCAGUUCUACACAACAAAGGAGAGUGAGUUUCUUGAGAGGGGAGAGAAACUGAAUAAGCAGCUGCAGAUCCUGCUGGACCUCAAGAAAGUCCUGAGCGACCGCCGCCGGAAAACCCUCUCAACCCCCGGAUUUCUUCCCCGGUCCUACCCCCCGUCCGCCCGGAACUCUGAUUUUUCCGAACCAGCAACGGAGUACAGUGAAAGCCCCACAGAAACGUCACAGGAAGACGAAGUAAUUGCCGCUUUGGAGAAAAAUGGCGUAAACUUCAUUGGUUCAGCAACACGAUCGAAGACGAAGAAUGGAAAGCCGAAGAUGGCGAUGCGGAUAGACAUCCCGGCUACCACGCCGACUAGGACGAUAUCGGCGGUCACGUCGAUGCUGUGGGAAGAUGUAGUGAACACCCCCAAGAAAGACGGCAGCCAUUCUCCGGGAGAUUCCAUAAACAGGAAGAAGAUCCAGUGCGCCGAGAAGAUGAUCAGAGGCGCCUUUGUGGAGCUUUACAGAGGCCUUGGUCUCCUCAAGACAUACAGCUCACUCAACAUGGUUGCUUUUACCAAGAUACUUAAGAAAUUCGACAAGGUAUCGAGCCAACAAGCAUCUAAUAAUUACCUCAAAAUAGUAAAAAGAUCCCAUUUUAUUAGCUCCGAUAAGGUGGUGAGACUAAUGGACGAAGUGGAGUGCCUGUUCACAAAGCAAUUUGCCAACAAUGACAGGAAGAAGGCCAUGAAAUUCUUAAGGCCACAGCAGCUUAAAGAUUCUCACAUGGUCACCUUUUUCGUCGGUUUGUUUACGGGUUGUUUUGUAACACUGUUCACUGUGUAUGCAAUCUUAGCCCAUCUCUGUGGCAUGUUCUCCCCAUCACAACCAACGGAUGCUGCUUAUAUGGAAACUGUCUACCCUGUCUUCAGCAUGUUCGCUUUGCUAAACUUGCACCUGUUCAUGUACGGAUGCAAUCUGUUCAUGUGGAAGAGCACCAGGAUCAACUACCGCUUCAUCUUCGAGUUUCAGCCCAGCACCGCUCUCAAGUUCAGGGAUGCCUUCCUCAUCUGCACCUCCUUGAUGACAGCCGUCGUGGCCGCGAUGGUUGUUCACCUCAUCUUGCUCUCCAAUGGCUUCUCCCCGCGCCAAGUCGACGCCAUUCCUGGAAUCCUCCUCCUGCUCUUCAUUGCACUACUUAUCUGCCCAUUGAACAUCUUCUACCGACCCACACGUUACUGUUUCCUCCGGGUGAUUCGCAACAUUGUCUGCUCUCCAUUUUACAAGGUUUUGAUGGUAGAUUUUUUCAUGGCUGACCAGCUUACUAGCCAGAUUCCAUUGUUGAGGCACAUGGAAUCCACAGCCUGCUAUUUUAUGGCCGGAAGUUUCAAGACUCACCGGUACGAGACCUGCAAGUCCGGCAAGUUCUACAGAGAACUUGCUUAUGUUAUCUCCUUCGCCCCUUACUAUUGGCGUGCCAUGCAGUGUGCAAGAAGAUGGUUCGACGAAUGCGACGUGAAAAACCUGGCGAACCUGGGGAAGUACGUGUCGGCCAUGGUGGCGGCGGGGGCCAGGCUAACGUACGCCAGGCAGAGCACGGACUUGUGGCUGGUGAUCGUGCUGAUCACGUCUCUGGUGGCGACGGUUUACCAGUUGUACUGGGAUUUCGUCCAGGACUGGGGAUUCUUCAACCCUAAAUCCAAGAACCCCUGGCUCAGAGACGAUCUCAUCCUCAAGAACAAAGGCAUCUACUACGUCUCCAUAGCCCUGAACUUUGUGCUAAGAGUUGCAUGGGUGGAGACAGUGCUGCGAUUGAAUGUGGGCAUGUUUGAAUCCAGAUUGCUCGAGUUUCUUCUCGCCUCCCUCGAGGUCAUACGCCGUGGCCACUGGAAUUUCUACAGGUUGGAGAACGAGCAUCUGAACAACGCCGGCAAAUUCCGGGCAGUGAAGGCCGUGCCUUUGCCAUUCCGCGAGACUGAUUCAGACUGAUGAAAUCAAUUUCUUCGCUCAGCUGGUUACCUCUUUGUACAGAUCAUUAUUAGAUUAUAGCCCAGCAGGCUUGAUUUCCAUGCCAACAACUGAGGGGGAUGACGGAUCAUCCCAAUGUUUGCUGCAGCAACGAGAAGCCAACUGAUGAAGAAGAUCAAGUUGAGAAGGAGAGGAGAAAGUAAAGCCAAGCCGUAAGGCUCCAUUUUCAUGGAUCUCAAAGAUUCAGAGCACGCACACCGAAGAAAUAUGUAUUUGUUUUGUUUGAUGUGAAGUUCGGAUUAAUGUUGUUCUUCUCAACUCUUUCUUUCCUCGUGAAUAACAAGUUCUACUCUGCAACAAUUAUAUGUUAA